UCCAAACUUGUCAGCACGAUGAGGCUGACAGCAACGACCUGCCCUUUAUGGUAGAUCACAAGAUCAACAAGGACAAGGCUGUUUGUUCACCCCUUUCUCUCCCACGCGCACACCCCCCAUAUCAGCUUGGACAGAAAACGUGGGACGAGUUCACAAGUCUACCCAGGAGCCCAGGAUUAUUCGCCUUAUCUCUAUAUUCCUCCUAGAGGAGAAGGUUUGAUCUCAACUAAUGGCUGUCUCAGAGAUGUCCAUGCUUCGGUACGUUAGGACUCUAAUCCUUUACAUUUUGCUGCUACCUUGCUGGGGUCAAACGAGUCCAAUUCCUUCCCUGGAGGAGCCAUUUUCAGGAGGUCUUGGAGCAGUGGAUGCAUCUUUGCUGGAUCAGGAUGAUAAUGUGGACGUUCAGGCACUUCUAGGCCAGUUCCUCUACAUGUUAAAUUUAACAGAGCAAGAUCCAAAGCCGAGGCCCCAGGCUGCCCGCACUGAGCCACCAGAGUACAUGCUGGAACUGUACAACCACUACGCUAAGGAUCGUAGCAACAGACCUGCAGCAAAUAUUGCACGGAGUUUCAAGAAUGAGGACUCUUCCCCCUAUAGCGUGACAAGAAGAGGUGUGAGGACACACCCCCUCAUGUUCAAUGUCUCCGUCCCACGUCAUGAGCACAUUAUUGCCGCCGAGCUCCGCCUCUACAUGCUGGUACAUCGAGAUCCUCAAUGCAAAAAUGAUAUUGACUGGAAGGUAACAGUUUUUGAGAGGCAAGUGGAAGGCGGUCCUUCAUUUUGGCAUUCUGAGGGUGGAACCGGGGAGAGCAAUUUGACUGGUAUGCAGGAGCUGGUGGUAAGGCAUGGCCAGCUCAAAGAGAGCGGAUGGGAGGUGUUCGAUCUGACUGACGCUGUUCUGCGCUGGAGAGACCUGGAGACCAUGAGCCACUGGCUUGAGCUACAGGUCGAAAGUGUAAAUGAGAGUGAGCUACAGGAUGAAGACAAGAGUGCUAUUUUUAUCAGCUUGGACAUUGAAAGGAGUGCGGGAGGAAAGCAUGAACCAGUGCUGAUUGUCUUCUCAGAUAAUGAAAGUGAUAAGGACCAGUCGAAGAAGAUGAUCCCAGAAGACAACACUGGCCUGUUCGAUUUCAAUGAAUUGUUGGUAGAUGAAAAGGACGACAGCAGCGAACAACAAAACGAGGCCCUUUUAAUGCAAACACGCUCUAACAUGAUCUACGAUAGUGCGCCGCGAACCCGCCGCAAUGCCAAGGGAAACCAAUGCAAGAGGACUGCGCUCUAUGUGGAUUUUAAAGAGAUAGGCUGGGACUCGUGGAUCGUUGCACCACCAGGCUUCGAGGCCUACACUUGUCACGGGGAGUGCAAUUAUCCAUUACUUCCACAAGUGACGCCCACCAAGCACGCCAUUAUCCAAACACUGGUCAAUUUGAAAAGCCCUCAGAAAGCCUCACGAGCAUGUUGCGUGCCCACCAAGCUGGAACCAAUCUCUCUGCUAUAUGAAAAUGAGAACGGCCAUGUCAUUUUCCAGCACAAAUACGAGGGCAUGGUGGUGGCAGAGUGUGGCUGCAGAUGAGAUCUUCAAGCUCUCAUAAACUCUCUCCCGAAUCAGCUGACAACCCAAAUAGACAAGAAUGAGAGGCCUGAUAAGAUGAUAUGAUGACACCAUGAUCCACAAUGAUGUUGCCUUUGUGUGAUAAUUAACAACUCAUCUAGCACCUCUUAGUAGAAGUAUAAAAAAUGUAUUGUGAGUAGCACAGUAGCAUGCUGCUAUGUGAAAUAUACAGACACAUAACCUGGCAUGGAAUGGAUGGAUGUCAUGGAGCAAAAGAGAUGUUAUUGAAAUUUCACUUAAUGUAUAUCUGCUUUUUAUAACGUAGACUAGUGCUUUUUUUAUUGUACAAAAAUAUUUGCUGCAGUCUAGAAUACAGUGCUUUCAGAUCUAUUUCAUAAUUAUAAUAAAGUGAAAAAUAACCUUGGUUUAAAACUCAA